CAGUAGGAGGAAAAAGAAAAGAGUUCCUUUGGAUGCAAAAAAUUGAAUUAAAUUUUCAUCUGCUGUGUUUAACUUUUUUAUUUGCUGCACCCCCGGCAUGCCUCUUGCUGUUUUUGUUAUUAUAUUUCAAUCUCUUCAAGACUUUUGCUCAAACUGAUUUAUGCUUCUUUUCAUAGCUGAUCAAAUAUAACAAGCUCUUUUAGCCAAUUGUUAUUCACAUACUUGUCAAUUGUCCAAACAAAUAUGAAUCUUCUAACUCUUUCUAACCCAAAUUUUAUCUUUAACCCAUCUAUUCUUCCACCUCACCCCACCAAAUCACAUGUUCCAGUUCUUAAAUCUGUUUCUGGGUCUUGUAAUCCGCCCCAAUGUGUGUCUCAUUCACACAAAAACUUGGUUAAUUCAAGAUUCAAUCUUGGGUUUUUGAAUGUGGGAAAAAGGGUAUCUGAGGCAUGUUUUGGUUUCAAAAAUAGUGGUGAUUUGGUGAAGAUUAGUUGUGGAGGUGUAGAGAGUGAAGAUGGAGAAGAUGCAUUUUAUAUGAGGAAAGCUGUGGAAUUGGCAAAACAAGCAAUUGGGUGUACUAGUCCUAAUCCAAUGGUUGGAUGUGUUAUUGUUAAAAAUGGUCAGAUUGUUGGUCAAGGAUUUCAUCCCAAGGCAGGGCAGCCUCAUGCUGAGGUCUUUGCUUUGAGGGAUGCUGGAGAACAGGCUGAAAAUGCAACUGCCUACGUGACUUUGGAACCUUGCAAUCAUUAUGGAAAAACUCCUCCUUGUUCUGAGGCUUUGAUAAAAGCCAAAUUGAAGAAAGUUGUGGUUGGCAUGGUGGAUCCUAACCCCAUUGUUUCUUCACGGGGGAUUAAUAGACUUCGAGAAGCUGGCAUUGAAGUAGUUGUUGGAGUUGAGGAAGAUUUGUGCAAUAAGCUGAAUGAAGCGUUCAUUCACAAAAUGCUCUCUGGGAAGCCUUUUGUGACUCUCAGAUAUUCUGUCUCUAUAAAUGGUGUGAUUUUAGAUCAAUUGGGGGAAAACGUGACGGAGUCUGGAGGAUAUUACUCGCGAUUGCUACAAGAAUAUGAUGCGGUGAUACACACAACCGCCAGGACGACCCAAGAGUUGUCAUUCCUUGCAUCACAAGAACCUAAUGCUCGCCAACCUCAACACAUUUUAAUAGCUAAGAAUCAUGAUUCCGUUGAGCAGAAUCUGAAUCUACCUCUGGAAGCCAACUGUAAAGCAAUUAUAUUUGCUGACAAAGAAGUAACUCUAGGACCCGAAAUUACUCAGAAUGGCAUUGAAAGAGUGGUUAUGGAUGAAAUAAGUUUGGAGGCUAUUCUGGAGUAUUGUAGUAGACAAGGAAUGUGCAAUGUAUUGGUAGAUUUGAGAGGCAAACUUGGUGAUUUGGAAGAGAUUUUGGGAGGAGAGGCCCUGAUGAAUUCAUUGCAGAAGGUGGUAGCAGAGGUACUGCCUAUAUGGGCAGGGAAUGAAGCCAUCCUUUCUUCCUCAACGAUGAUGAGUCUUACCGAAAGUAAAAGGUUGAAGAACUUAUCAACACGGAUCACUCAUGGCAGUGUCUUGCUCGAGGGAUAUUUUUGACCUGUAUGUAUUCUUGAAAGAUGAUAUUUUGAAAAAUAUCGAUCUACUCAAUUGCAGCAUGCUCCUUGCCGUCUUUGGCAUCUGACAGUGCAUAAAGAUGAUAAGCUCAAGCAGAUGUUAUGUGUGAAGACUUGGUGAGAGUAUAAUUUUCUCUGCAGUGUAUUAAUGUAGUUACUGCUAAAAGUUCCAAUUUUCUCAUGCAAGUUUUUGGAGGGAAAGACCAAGCGGCCAGAUAGAUUUUCUCAUGCAAUUGACUGAUAGGAUUUUGUGACAGUAAUAAGAGUAUGUAUACAGAACUCAGAAAAAUAAAAUUACUAUACUCACGUACUUUUUCAAAGUCAAAAUUCAUCAACUUGUCAGAUA